AUAUACCCUGUAGAACCGAAUUUGUGUGAUAAAACCAGAGUCACAGAUUCGAUUCUAGGGGAGUAUAUGGUCGAUGAAAAAUCUUCAAUGUAUCGACUUAUUGCCUCCUUAUCAGGUGCUUGGUGUGAUGUCAGAUGAUACAGUGACUUCUUUAUGAAUGACUGAUAGUAAAUCUGACAACAGCUCAUACUUCACAUGGAGAGCUCAGGGCAAGCUGAAACUCGAGAGACUUUGGGAAACCUGACGCAAACUGUUACAAACAAACACAUUGAGACUUAGUCUGCAUUUCUGUUUAUGUUUUACUCAAAUAUAAAAUGGUUUUAGUAAUAGAACCCAAACCACAGCACACUCCAGCUGCAGCGUUUUUUCGUCCUGUGGCUCGUUUGUGUCUCCACAUUAUUGAUUCCCAGAGGCUGCUACUGCUUCUGCUGCUGCUGGCCAAUGGGCUCCUGAGACAGUUUUUUUUUUUCAAAAGGAUGGGAGCAGAUGAAGGGAUGAGAUUGGUGUAACUUUUGGAUGACCCCUUCUUGACAAAGACAGUGUCCAUCAAUUGUCCUCAGUCAUUAUUCGCUGCUUUUAUGCCGGGGGGCUUUUUUGUAGCUUUUGUUGCUCUCUCUGUUGAACAGUGCCUGCAAGUAGGCGACCUUUACAAACUGAAAAAUUGUUUUAUUUCUGCGUGGAUAAAACACUACAACGCACAAACAGACUUUUUUAAUUUAUAUAUUCUAUUGUUUGUGAAAUAUUAAAGUUAAUUUUAAAAUUGUGGGUCUUUCUAGCCUAUUUGCGUUUUGAAAUCCAAGCCUGCACAAAGAUUUUUCUCGAACAAUAUUUGAUUUUUUUCUCUCCAGGGUCUAAUUUUGGUCUAUGUGAAGUCAGAUAAAAUUGCUUUUAGUUGUAUGUUUACUCGUGUGUGGACCAGCAUCACCUCCAUUGGCCGAUCUGGUCACAUGGUUCGCUAACUUUAUUCAGUUGACACCAAGUAGGAGGGCUUUAUGGAGGGAGGAAAAAAAGACAACUCGAGAAAAAUUAGUAUUUUCUACCUUCAGAAAUUAAUGGCCAUGAGUUCGUUUAUGGUGAACUCUAAGUAUGUGGAUCCCAAAUUUCCUCCGUGCGAGGAAUAUUCACAAAAUAACUAUAUACCUGAGCAGGGCUCGGACUACUACAGUCCAUCGCGGGACUCAGACUUUCAGCAUCCAGGGAUCUACCCCCGGUCAAACUACACGGAGCAGCCCUUCAGCUGCAGCACUGUGCCGGAGUCCAGCGUGCAGCAGCCGCAGCGGGGUCAUGUGCAUGACAGAUCCGGACACUCGAGCCCUUUUGGCGGGGAGACAGAGAAGGGGGCCCCGGUGCAAGUGUCCGGACCCCGGACUUGUGGACAGCAGCAAAACACAAAGAGCCAGAAUGGGAUACAAGCCAAGCAGCCUGCAGUAGUUUACCCCUGGAUGAAGAAAGUCCACGUUACAACUGUGAACCCGGACUACACAGGACCCGAGCCCAAGCGCUCCAGGACAGCUUACACGCGACAGCAGGUUCUGGAGCUGGAGAAGGAGUUUCAUUUUAACAGGUAUCUAACCAGGCGGCGGAGGAUCGAGAUCGCCCACACUCUGUGUCUGUCCGAAAGGCAGAUCAAAAUCUGGUUUCAGAACAGACGCAUGAAAUGGAAGAAAGAUCACAAACUGCCCAACACCAAGGGCAGAUCAGCACCAGCCUCCAGCCAUCUGCAGAGCAUGCAGAAGGACAACCAGACUGAUAUCACAGCGUUAUAAGAGAGGAAGAGGGUUUGGAGUGAACUGUACAUAAAAAAGACAGAGGGUUGCAUCUGACUUUUGCAUGGACUGAUGUCGAUUUUAGAUUUUUUUAUUAUUAUUAUUAUUUAAUUAAAAUGACCCCAGCAGUGUUUUCUCAAGAAUGAGCCAGAAAAUCAAUCAGUCUUGAGUUUUAAAGUUGAGCCAGUUUCUGCUUUCAAUUCCCUCCAAGAGGCUCCAAAAAACCUUGAAACAAACUUUUUAAAUUUUCUUUUUUUAACCUUUUUUUUCUUUUUUCGUUUCUUGUCUUCUUCAUUUCGUUUUUUUUUUUUCUUUUCUUUUUUUUGGACCUUACACCCUGAGGACAUUUAAUGAGCAACCGCGUCUGCUUUCAUGGAUGUAAACCAAGUGUUCGGGCUCCUCUCACGUGGACUCACGCUGCUGUGAAGAUUGUAUUCAAAACAGGGAUGUCCUUUCUUCAAAUUACACUCAAAAACACUCACAAAAAUAUAUUUUUCCUUUUAAAAAAAAACGUCAAAUUUUACGCACAAUAUAUAUAUAUACUUGAAAAUAAAAUACCGCACAGCACGCCUAAAACACAACCUCCAUUCGUAAGUUGCAAAACCCCCGUUGAAACUCCCUCUCUUUUACCGUUAUUUUCUCCCUUGUUUAAUUUAUUUUGUACAAUAAAGCUUUGAUUUUUAUAGUCUAAAUAUAAUUCCCCCAAUAAGCAAGACAUUCCUGUGUGCAUACUCCUCUGAGUGCCCUUAUAAAUCUCUCUGACACCUUUGUAAACAGUGUACAUGCCAUCUGAAGCUCUAAUAUGAAACAGCAUUUGUUCCUGCAUGAAACCAAAUUACUGUUUCUUAUCGGGAAUAAUCCCAUCCGGAAUAUUUUAGGAGUAUUUUUCUGGCUAUGUUUUUUACGUCGUUAUUUAUUUGUUUAAAAUGUGUAAAUUUUCGUAUAGCACACACAAUUUUAAUUAAAAGUAUUGGUUAAAAUUUAAUUAAUCUUGAAUAUGUUUGAACUCUUGUGCAUUAUUCGCAUGGCUGUAUGCAAACUUUUAGUCUUAGUUUGAUGUGGGAAUCUUCCAGUUUUUCAAGCAAACCGAGGGGGGCUUUCACGUCAUGUUUCAAGACAGAUAUGUCUUGUUUCAGACCGUCAUUGUCUCUCAGAACAAAACACUAAAAAAGGCCCAGGAGCUCUUCUUGUAAACGUGGAGGUCUUCUUUCUGAAGUCUCCUCCAUGAGAAGACUUGAAAAGGUAUUUGAAGCGAAGGUCGACAAAGCAGCAGCAGUAGCAGCGGCAGGUUCAUCCAGGGGACACAUUUCAGCCGCGAGGACUGACCCCAGCACCCCUGACCCGCCGGACAGGCAGCAUUUUCUCUCCCAUGCGCUUCAAGCUCUGCUUUGGAGGCUUUUUUCCCCCUCCACACUUUAAAGACUAAAGUAUUCAAAGCAGGAUUCAGCGUUUUGAUUCCUGAGUUUACAAGAGUUUGACCAGUAUUUAAAUCACGAGUAGCCCCCAGAAGGUUCUGAUAGUGCAUUUGUCUCCUCAUGUCAAUAUGCAAUCUUUUUGGUUUUAUUUUUGUACAUGCUUUCUACCUUGUAUUGUGCAUUGAGAUGCGAGAAGUAUAUUGGAAAAAAUAAAGAUUUCUACUGAUUAUGCAUUUAAA